AUGAAAAGUAUAUUUUGUAUCUCUCAGAGCUGGAGUGGACCGGAGAAGUUGCUUGCCUUAGAUGAAUUGAUUGAUAGUUGUGAACCUACCCAAGUGAAGCAUAUGAUGCAAGUGAUCGAACCCCAGUUUCAAAGAGAUUUCAUUUCCUUGCUCCCCAAAGAGCUGGCUCUAUAUGUGCUUUCUUUCCUGGAUCCCAAGGACUUGCUGCAGGCAGCACAAACAUGUCGAUACUGGAGAAUUCUGGCAGAAGACAAUCUUCUAUGGAGAGAAAAGUGCAGAGAAGAAGGAAUUGAUGAACCGUUACAUAUCAAGAGGAGAAAAGUAAUAAAGCCAGGAUUUAUUCAUAGCCCAUGGAAAAGUGCUUACAUCAGACAGCAUAGAAUUGAUACUAACUGGCGGCGAGGUGAACUUAAAUCUCCUAAG